GGCUACGCUCUGGUGCGCUGAUUUUCAAUAUGGCGGCUACGAUUGCUAAUUAGCCGCUAUAGUACGUGGAAUUUGGAUUUCGCCGCUGCUAAUAAACUAUGACUUUAUUUAGUUCAUUUUGUUUUUACUAACUAUCAAAAUUAAUAGUGAAAACAGAAUUUUACGAAAAAGAAUUAGUAACAAAGCCAGUAAUGUCGGUAUUCGUGGACAAUGGUUGUAAUGAGCAACAUUCGAAUUGUUUCAAAAUGGUCGUCUAUCCUCUUGUUUUGAAUGUGCUAUUCUCUGUAGCUGGAUUUCUUUUGACGUUGAAAAUUAUUCCUGCUAUGAGAGAGAUGUUUAUCACAGCCGGAUUGAAAGGUAGAGAUUUGGGAAAGAAGGACAAACCAGAGAUGUAAGCUAUGUUUAUUCUUAGUAAUGAAGAUAUUAUUUAUAUUUUGUUAUCUUAAUAGCUCCAUCUGGCUAGAAAGUUUCAAAAUUGCUGAUAUUUUACCCUGGAGGAGAGUGUAUUACAAUAUACUGGCUCACUUCAUUGUAUAAUAUCUGGCACUGAAUCUAAAGUUAUGAAGUAAUUUUAAGGGCCUUUGGGGGUCCAUUUUGAUUUUCGAGUUGGGGGCCAGUGGUGCAGGGCUCAAAAUAACGUUUCCAACAUUCCCGAUCAUGAUUUUCUGCUGAGCAAAUCUGGCCGAUCAGUAUAGGAUAUGUUCUGUUUAUAUGUUAUGUUUAUAUGUUAUGUGAUAAUGCCGUAGUAUUGCAUGGUGUUCGUUAAUGACAUUAACCAUGUUUUUGAGACAAUGGUUCUUGCCGAUCAAGAUGAUUAACAACCUUGCUUCUCUGCCAAUCAAAAGCAAUUUCCAGUCGAUCAUUGAUUGUCCGCUAUUUUGUGCCCUGCUAGAGCAAAAAUUCCCCUAUGGCCUCUCACAGCUCUAUUAUUCAGGAAUGUCUUCCAGAGUGGUACUAGUAUGCUAAGAAUGUAUAGCCAAUAUAUGCUACAAUCAUAGCCCAGUAUGGAAUGAAAGCAUUUGGUCACAUGCUGGUGCACAAUUCUCAAUUUGGUUAUCUCUGGUGCACAUACUGUACUAAAGCCCAUUUACACAAUACAAGUAGUCAUAUACAACUCUUGUGAGUCUUGUCCUGAUGUGUGUACUCAAUUAAAACGUGUGUAGAUGUCACAUUUCUCUAUAAAUGGAUGGACAGGAAUAGUGCUGUCAGCAUUCAUUUUCAUGUGCCAGAAUGACAAUUGUAUAAAACAAGUCGUAUCCUGUAAAUGGGCCUUUAUAAUCAAAUGGACCUUUAUUAUCAUAUGACCAACUGAAAAAUUAAAUUGUUUGUAGAUUAGAAGAAAUAUUAGUAUAGUACCUAGAAUUGCUUUGUUUUCAACUUGAAAAGGCCACUAAAACUGCCAGGAAAUGGUCGAGGUUCUAAAUUUCUGAAUAUACCUGGCAGGGGGAAUAUCCAGACUCCUAUUAUGUCAUAUGGAUAUCAUAAUUAUCAUGGUGUGCAGUUUCUUAUGUCUUUACACGUAUAAUUUGGAAAUAAUAAUAUUAUUUAACAUCAUUAGCAUUUCUUGUGACACCCAAUUGUACACACUAUUGGAUACAUUUGGUGCACAAGAAGAAUUGUGUGUUUCACUGUCUAGUGCACAAAAAAGUUAUUCCAUACUGGAUCACUGUUGCAAUGUAUAAAAUAAUAUGUAUUAUGUGAAACCCAGACAUUUCCAUCUAGGUCAGCAUUUAUAUUUUUUAAAACUAGCUUGGGUUCAAUUUAUGGAAUCUGGUUCUUUAAUUAGUUUUUUGGGUUGUUACGUAUCAGCUAAUUGGAGAAGGUCAUUGCCACUAUACAGUACAGUCAAAAGAUAGGAUCAAUUAUGCAUAACAUAUGAUAUUUGGUCAUUCCACAAAGCAUCCAUACCUUCAGACAGAGGAAGUUGGAAGUUAACUACGAUUUCCCAGUACAUUUUUAUACUAUAAUAUUACAAAUUGUCUGUAAAUGGAUUUCCCCCCUGCACAUACAGAGGGCAAAAAUCUGUUGUGACAGACUUGUGGAUUUUUGCUGGAAUAUUUCUAUGGUGAAGAGGGAAUCUUUUAGGUUAUACUUUCAAGAAACAACUGGUGAUUGUCUAUGCCAUAGGCAGCAAAAUUUGCCAGCUGCUGGCUUCUAUUCUGAACCCUGCCUAAUUGCCAUCUAAUUCUCUAAUUCCUGUUUAUUCUGCCUUUUAUCUCUUAAUAAUUAGGUUCCAUGAUUCCUCUUUCAACCAAUUCUUCAUCUGCUUCCCUGGCUCGUGCAAGAUGUACUGUACAGUAUCCCUCAUGUAGUCCAUGAAAUUCAAGUGAAAAUAUAAAUUUAAGUUUCCGAUGUUCCGAACUUCAUAAAUUCGUAAUGAAAUCCAUGAGACAACCCAUUUCACUAUCCACCUUUUAGUACCCAACCAGAGGCUUUGUUUUCAAACCUGCUUCUGAAUUUCAUUAUGAAAUUUUUAUCACGACCAGAAAUUGUACAAAAAAUGGACAUGGCGGCUGACAUUGAGUAUUCAUUGCUUAGCAUUGUGGGCUCAGUAAAACAUUUUCGCACGCUGUUUGUUUUGUUUUACUUGAUGUAUUGCAACAAAAUAAGGCUCAAAUUGUAAGUUUAAAGUGUUCUGUUUAAUUUUUACUGAGUCACGUAAUAUUGUUUUUGAGCCUUUCAGCUUUUCUUAACUUUAAAAUUCUAUCAAUAAAUCAAAAAACUUUGCCGACUUCAACUUGAAGUAAUUAUAAUUCAGUAGUUGCCUCAUUAAUAUUAAGUACAUAUCAUCAUGUGCAAUCUACACAUGUUCUGUUAAGAUGAGCAAGCUCAUCUUAGCUGUCAAUUUGUAGAUGCAAUUUACGAAGUUCGGAACGAAAUUGGGGACAUUUUGGUUAAAAAUUAAAUCACAUAAUAGGUGUUCGGCACCUGUAAGGUGUACGGCGCACAAUUUAGUGCUAAAUAUUCUGAUGCGAAGCAUAGUUAUGCAUCUUACGUCUUUGAUGUUUGCGUGAUGCAAUAAAUUUCAGUAUGCACUUAUGCUAACUUUUUCCAAAGUUUUGUUCUAAUGUUCUGUUCCUCAAGGGGGACUGAGUUUCUGCGGAGGAUCCACCCAUUCCACUCUCAAUAAAAUCUACCCACGGUGAAAAGAUCGAUGUUUCGCUUUGUACCUACAAUGAAACCACACAUUCAAUUUCUUUUCGUUUUUUUAGUCCUGAAGCAAUGGGUGUGUUAUGUGGAGCUGUGUAUUUGAUAUGUGUCUUUGUCUUUAUACCAUUUCCCUUUUGGAAAGCAUGGUGGGAGAAUGGUGCUAAUGAUUUUCCUCAUCACGAGGUAAUGUUUCAUGAUAUAAAGUACCUAUGAUGGGUUAUACACGUUGGAAGGAGUUGAAAGAAAUUACGAGGAUGUUCAUUUUAGCACGCAUCUUCAGUAUUUAUGCGUAUUAACCGUUUGUGCGUUUUCCUUAGGCCUUACGUUGUACUUUAAAUCUCGUAAUCGAAAUAACGGCAAAAACAGUCAACACGUUGAAACGGUAGUUACGAUUGAGUGGAUUGACGAAUUUAUAAAACCUGGAUGAUUUUAUUCCUCAGUCGUGUUGCUGCUUUACACUGUAAGACAUCGGCAAUUAUAAAUUAAACUCUUCAAACAGCGAUGCAAAUUACUUUGCACUUUCUUUUUCCUUCUUCAUUUUUGAAAUACUUCUACUUGUUUGAUAUGUACAAAUAGACUAAAUCUAUGAUGUCAUGGGCAGGGUGGGUACACAUUUUGAAAUGCGAAAAAUUCCUUACACACCAUAUCAACUUAACCUGUCCGAAAUAAAAUUCUCAGAUCAAAAAGUGAAUAUGUAAGUAUGAGAAUUUGAAACAGAAAAAUGAUCAAGUGUUAAUACAAUCAAUGUUGACUAUAUAUCAUUUAUCACCCCGCAAAUGAACGUCAAAUGUUAUUUCAAAAACGCAGCAAAACGUUAUUGAAAAAUUGUUUAAAAGUUAUUUUCAAAUAAACAUAAUUGUGUUAGUGGAAACACCACGUAAGUUGACGUUAUUUGCCACGCAAAAUUACAAGAAACAUAAUUUUGUUUCCGAUAUCGUUCAAGAUUAAUUUUCUCUAAUGUAGUUUGUCCAGUGGAUAGCUGCUCUAUUGUCUAUCUGUUGUAUGAUAUUUCUGGGAUUUGCUGAUGAUGUACUAAACCUAAAAUGGCGACAUAAGUUAUUGCUUCCUACAAUGGCAUCACUUCCUAUUCUCAUGGUGUAUAUCGUCAACUAUGGAUCCACGACUGUUGUUGUACCCAAACCCUUGAGGUUUAUACUCGGAAUAACUGUAAAUCUAGGUAGGGUUUUUAAUGGAUUUGACAUGAAGCAUAACGUUGUUCCUUGUCAGCUAUGACAAGUAUGCAAUAUAUUUCUUGUGAUCUUACUAGAAUCAUGUAUGGAGGGGGAAGAGAGUAGGGUAGUGUGAUUGAACAAAAGAGGAUAUAGUUUGUAUGAGCGUAGAGAAAGAUUGAUGAUGAUAAUUUGAUUUUUGGCUACCAUGUUGGUGUACAAAGCCAAAAACAUUUGAUCGAAUAAAGCUGAAUCUUAACCCAAAUGUCUUAAAUCCUAAUAAGUUUCGUUUAGAUAUCAAUUCAAUCUUUACCUUACCCAAGUGUUUCGAAACUAAAUUGUACAACAGGCUUAACAGCCUUCGACAAUAAUGCGGACGUCAGUAAUAAUGUAAAUAGAAAUGAUUGUUUUGCCUCAAACCUUUUAGUUAGCAAUCUAGAAAACAAGUGAAGCAACCAAUGUUGAAGCUUUAGUGGUUUAGUGGUUUCAAAAUUUGUCACCUGAUCAGUGAAAGCAAUCUAUGCUAACACUUUUCUUUUUAUCAUCUUUGCUAACACUUUUCUUUUUAUCAUUUAGGUGCACUUUACUAUGUGUACAUGGGCAUGCUUGCUGUGUUCUGUACAAAUGCCAUCAAUAUUGUAGCUGGUAUAAAUGGUGUGGAAGUUGGCCAAUCCUGGGUUAUCACAUUGUCUGUCAUGGUAUUUAACUGCAUUGAGUUACAAGGAGAUUGUUGGCGAGCUCAUCUCUUCUCAUUAUAUCUCCUAGUUCCAUUUCUCGCUGUUUCCUCAGCAUUAUUUUAUUUUAAUUGGUAAGUUAACAAAAUGACUAAUCUAUUUUGUUACAAAAAUAUGCACUAUCACAUAUUAAAAUAUGUAACUAUAACUGUAGACAUGAAACCCGAAAAUUAUUUGUUUUGACUGAGUUAUUGUGACGAAGUAUAUGCAACAGAUUUUCGUUAUCAGAAGAAACUACAAUAACACUUCAGAUCGUCCUACUUCAAUAGAAUCGCACUCCUUUUGGACUAACCUACCUUCGGGCAUUAAGUCGUCAUCCUCUUUAAUAUGCAGUAUUUUAAAGCUAAACUUACGAAUAUUACCUCAACAAACUAAACUUUUAACGUUGAACGUCCAAGAAUUUGGAAGAUAUUUCGUGUCAAAUGCCGCUCAAACAAUAUCAGUUGUUAUUUGUGGUGUUACUCUGAGUGCAUAUCCACACCGGGCGAGCUUGAAAAAUAUGCCCGGCCACGGUGGGAUUCGAACCUACGACCUUUGGAAUACUAGCCCAAUGCUCUUCCAACUACGUAGCUCAGUUGGUCAAAAAUACAAUACACACGUGACGAGAUAGGCCCAAAUUCGUGCAGAAACCGAAACCAAUAUAGUUGAUGAGUUAUAUUGUACUUUCAUCGAGUCUCCAAACCAUGUAUUCUAUUAACUGUGCUGGCACAGACUGUUCAAGAUGUCAGUCCUGUUGUCCUUCAAUCGUAUCUUUUUAUGUGGGUUUUUUUUCAAUGCAAUAUGAUUUUAAAACAGUAAAAAAAAACACCCAAAAAAACAAACUGUUGCCAGAAAAGUAGCGAAUAAAAUCCCGAAUUUUCAAGAUUUCAUUUCUCUUUGGAAUCCGUUUCUUUCCACAAAGUAAAUUAUAGCAAUGUGUUAUUUAAAAGAAACAUUUCACCGCUUUGUGGGAGCUGAAGUGAAUAGUGUAUAUGAUCUACCUCCUCCGCAGGCGUUAAAGGCGGGCGUGAAUUUUAAGGCUGGCGCUAGUUGAGGGCGGGAAAAGUUUGCGGGUGGGUAAGGAUUCCCUGAUCUCAAAUUUCACGCCCGCAAAUUAUUCCCUCCCGCAUCGAAAGGCCUGCGGAGGAGAUAGGUAUAUGGUCAUAUUAAUGGCUCAUGAAUCUCUGCCAAUCAUUUCAGGUAUCCUUCAAGUGUUUUUGUUGGUGAUACAUAUUGUUACUUCGCUGGUAUGACGUUUGCUGUUGUAGGAAUCCUUGGUCGUUUUAGUAAAACUUUAUUGCUGUUUUUUAUUCCUCAAGUUUUAAACUUUCUAUAUUCAUUGCCGCAACUUUUUCACAUUAUACCUUGUCCAAGACACAGGUUACCAAAGUAAGUUGUUACAAAUGAAAUAUUUUAUUUUUUAAGGAAAUAAUUUAAUGGUAACUUUACACGCUGCGAUUUGUCGUGCACGAUUCGUUUUCUGGCGCAUGUUAUCGAAAGAGCACGCGCAAAGAACACCGCGGGAAAACGUGGCGAACAUUUUAAUAUGAACAUAACGUGGCGAACAUAAAAAUGGCGAACAUUUUAAAUUGUAUUACUCAAUUAAAAAUAUGGCUAUUUACUCGCUCAAUAUAAGUGAAACAAACAAGAAAAUAUAGAAAACGGGUACACUAGACCUUAAUCAUGAGUCCUCUAUAGCAUUUAAAGUAUAUAAGAAGUAUAAAUUAAAUAAAAAUGUCUUGUUUAAACGGGUUCAACGUAGCCUGCGUGCCAGGCUCUAUGCUUGAAUUAGAGCCUGCUACUGACGUCGAUGAAAAGUGAACAGUCGUUUGGAUGCAUGAAAAUAACAACCAAUCAAAACGGCGAUUCUUAAUUAGAUUAUCAAAGCUAAUUUAAGAUAUGACAAUAACGGUCAAUUUUUCCGCCAUUAUCGCGAAAAUAAAUAUUCCAAUUUUCAUUAAACGUCCAGAAAUUACAUACUAAAUAAUAAUAACGGUUAUUGACCGUGUUUAUAGACAGCAAAGGCUACUAGUAAUUAAUACGGCCAAAAGUACAAUUACUAGUACGGAAUAUCAUAUUAUGUAAAUAACUUGAUAUUACCUUAUAAGGCAAGGCUAUUUAUUUCUGACCAAUGGGAAUUUUGCGUACGAUUCGUACGCAUAAAUCCACUUUUUAUUAACUUCAGUAGCAGGCUCUAUUUCAAGCAUAGAGCCUGACACGCAGGCUAGGUUCAACUGGGAUGUUUAGACCUAAAAAAUAAGCGAACUCUCAAGAAAAUAAGGCUCUUAAUAUCCUAAAUCUUCCGAGUGAGUCAUAAAGUUUAAUUAUUGAUUACGCAAAAAAAGUUAUUUAGAAAAAUGUGGAUCAUAUGAACUUACGAAAAAUAUCAUAUUUGUAUUGUUCAGUUAAAGAACUUUUUAUACAAUAAAUUUAUCGACAGUCACCAAAUUUAUUCCUGUACAUGUAGACUGUAAUUAUUUCUAGAUUUUAGGUUGUCACAGAAAAGGCAAAACAUCGAAGUCGCUCCUUGUAGCUUCCAUUUUGAGUUUUUGACAAUCUUCGGAACGUGCACUUGACACCACCUUCGCAAGGCAAAUUUCAGUAAGGUUGACGCAUGCGCAGACGUUUUUCCGCGGUGUUCGCGUAAAGUGGUUUUAUUUCAAAUUUCACCAUAAACGAAAUGAAGAAGUGUGGUGUCAUGCAACAGUAAUUUUCAUGUAUCAGAACACGAAUCGUAUACGACAAAUCGCAGUGUGCAAACGGACCUUUAGAAUAUGAGUCAUAAAUCUGGCUUGCGAAAUUGUCUGCCCAGAGUCCUACAUGGACCAGCCAAAAUGUUCUUUGGGCAAACUAAAUCCUGUUUACUCAUAUCCCGACAAUGAUGCAAUACCAGCAUGGGUUAGUAUUAGAAUUAAAGUUACAGAUUCAUGUCUGUCGUUUUAUGGGUUAGAGACAUGAAUCUGCAACAGGAUAUUAUUCCGGACAACCACUGAAUUACCAUGGAUAAAGACAAAAAUUUUGUCGCGUCUUUAAAGGGAAGGUGUAUUUUUAGGAGACAAACUGGGAACUUGCGCGGAUGAUACGACUCAUUGAAGUGAAUAUAACAAUGGAUACGAAAUUACGAUUUCCGCCUGGUGUAUCAAUUGCCACAGUUUUUAAAGAUGACACGUUUUGAGGGAAGGCAACGUCGAAGUUUUUUGAUUGAUUAAUUGAUUGAUUGGUUGGUUGGUUGAUUGAUUGAACUCUUUAUUAAAAAAUACUGCGCAACAACCGUGCGAGCUUACAUAGAUAAUUUUGUACAACUAUGGACUAGACAGUACUAAAAGUAUUGAAAAAGUAUUAAAAAAAUAUGAAGGAUAUAGUUUUAUAUACAAAGUUAAAAAGCCAUCUAUUUAUGAAUGUUUUUUUAAAUCGUUCUGUUCGGACCUUAGGCAGAAUGAAAUCGUGUUCCCGUUUACGUAACACUCUUUUCCGCUUCGAAGGCAAUAAAUCAUACAAGGAAUGUUCUGAAUUGUUUAUUAUACAGUUCCACAGCUUGCGAUCUCUGUCUACAACAAAUGCUAAAUGCUUGAGCAUUUUAUCAAGCACAUAAUUAUACAAUAUAUCUCCUUUUUAGCUACUCAAUUUUACCUUUCGUCAGUUCCGUGUGAUGAUGUCUGAAUGCAUAAUAUUCUGUAUUUUAAUUCAAUAAAAAUCUUGUUUUGUAUUACAAUUCAAUUAAAAAAUCUAUCUUGGAGUACAUAGAAUUAGUAUUACAGCUCAAACAGGCAAACCGAGGCCACUUGCAUAUUUUUAAUGUUUUCAAACUAAGCCAAAACCAAUCAGCAGCAGGUUAUUAAACAUAUGAUUAUGUCAUAAGUUCAUAACCGGAAAAUGUUUAGUCAAAAUAACCCGGUGGUGAUUGAAACAUCAAAAAUAUGCAAUAGCGGCCUUGGUUUGCCCGUUCGAGCUGUAAUUAAAUUAUAAUAUAGAGAGUAAUACAUGGGUGCGCGGAUUUAUUUCGAGUGUUGAACAUGCAUCCUUCCCUUUAAAGACGCGACAAAAUUUUUGUCUUUAUCCAUGGUAAUUCAGCGGUUGUCCGGAAUAAUACAUUGAACUAAAAAUAACUGGAACGCUACGUUUUACAUAGCCAAAAUUUGACUCCCAUGAAGCCAAAUGAAGCCAGUUUUGACUCCCAGACACGCACUUCCACGCGUGUUUCUACUGCGCGAUUUAUUCGCGAGACAAUACAGGGGACGCUUGAAGCAUGCCGUUUUGAACGUUUUCAUGGCAAGAUGCGAAUCGAAAGGGAAACGGGCCUUUUCAGUUUAAAACGGGCCUUUUAAAGCCUGUGUACGAGUUUGUAUAAUUUAGCUUCAAACUUCCGCUUGAACGUAGCGUUCCAGUUAUUUUUAGUUCAAUGGAAUAAUAUCCUGUUGCAGAUUCAUGUCUCUAACCCAUAAGGGACCGGUCAUUAUUUAUGGCGGGGGGUGGCACCGAAGAGAAAUGUUUUUCGUAGCAAAAAUUUUGCUGACCCAACCAUUAAAAAGUAAAAAAAAAUGAUUACCCAACCUCGAAUAUCAAUUAAAAAAUAAAUAAAUACCCACCCCUGGCCAAAAAAUUUACAAAAGGUACCAUUCAGUUGUCACAUAUGUCCUUUACCACUUCUGUGACAUAAGUUUGAUAACGGAUUGUGAAAUUUUCUGCAGUCUGAAGUUUCAUGUUGUCUGCACAUGUAGCUACUUUCUUUGGAGAUCCCAUCGGAAAUUGAUCAAGAUAAUGACUCUGAUUGAUAUAUACUUUUCGUUGUUUCUUUACACAUUCAGUAAAUCUUAGUAUAACACCAAGUUCAUCAAUUGCUGCUAUUUUGCUAGCAAAUCCAUAUAUAAUAAACCCGGGUGUUUUGCAAUCAAAAGUGAUGCAACCUGGAUAGUGGAAUAAGUUGAUUACUGUAGGCACAAUUUUUGGCCACUUAAUAGUCAAAGGUCAUGCAUAAAUAAGAACAGUCUUAAUUAAUAUUACCGCCUUACGGAGAAUUUAUAUUAAUUGUGCUACUCUAGGAUCUAGAAGACCCAUAGGUCCCAAACUUGACUAGCAACAUAAUCAAGUUAGCUAUGUUAAUUCAUUAUAUAUAGGAUCAAUGUUAAAGGCAAGGUGGGCUAUAAGCUAUAAUCGUUUGUAUGGCUUAUAGAAGGCUAAUUGCUGCGAAUAAAUUGAAUAAUGAAUGUAGCACAAUAUUAAAGGUGAUCUACAGUCCGUAUGUAAACAAAGCCUUUGUUUACAUUUUUGUGUCGAAAAUAUUGAGCUUUAUUCGACAACUAUUUAUAUUUUCAAGCUUCUAGAGUAUAAUAAAUGAUCAAGAAACAACAAUUAGGCUUUUCAAGAACUCAAAACAUAGUUAAACUGUUUGUAUCAUAAAAAGUGGGCUCAUUUGUGCACAUGCGCAGAUCGGACUGUAGAUCACCUUUAAAUAGUUGCAUGAUGACAUCAAAGAAACUAGUCAGACUACAUUUGCAAGUUUUGCAACUCUCAUCGCUUAAAUUCCCCAUACCUGAAUACAAAAUAAACAGUAAACAACGAUUACCUUUUACAUACCAUGUAUAAAACGGAGUUUUCAUCCUUUCUAGAAACUCACUUCCUGAACUUUUGGGCGCAAAUGUAAUGUAUUAAAAAUGUAUAUCAUAUUCACAGCGGUUAAUACCAUUAAUAUAGCACGGGCGCAAUACAAAACAAAACACGAGAAUUUUAAAAUGUUUUGAUUUGCAAGUAAAUAAAUAAUAUUUGAUGUCAUAAAAAUGUUUAAAUUUAACUCAACACAAACUGGUAAGUUCAUGACUUGUAUAAUUUACUUAUAUGUUGUUAUAUUGCAAUUCUGUACCCUACUCCUUUGAAAAUUGUUUGCAAUUGCAUAUGAUGUGAACAUGUGGUCAUGUAUUAUAGUUGUGUCAUGAAUUUAAUAAUACCCCAAUGGCUUCGAAAUAGACAAUGGAUGGAAAAAGUCAUGAAUAUUGAGCUUAUUUACCCUUUAAACACUUGAUCGUCAUGCGCAUACAGUGUAUUGUUUGUUUCCAGAACCCCCUCAAGCAGACUUCAACUUUUUUUGUUAAAUUGUAUAUAAUAUUUUGCUUCAUAACUGUAUGUGUGUGUGUGUAUGUGGGAACACUCAUGUUUGGAUGCUUGGCAUAGGUUAAUGGUAUUUCAUUGGAGUCAUCAGGGAUAUAGUUGUAUAUUCCUGAAAUUACCUCUAAACACCUAAAACAGCAUUCCCUAAAAUUUUAAUUGUUUUCUUACAUUGCCCUAUAUCGCUCAAACUCGCAUUGCUUAUAUUGCAGAUUUUGCUUAAAUCACCUAAAAUUGCUUAAACUCGCAUUAUCUCGUUAUUGCCCCAGAGUAGGGCCUACUGUUGCCAUUGCUUUUUAGUCCCCAAUACUUCAGUGAGUCAUGCUUUGGAAAUGACAAUAAUUUUUUAUUACCCAACCCUUGAGUUGUUUUGUUUUUCAUUUACCCAACCUUUUACUUACUCAAAAUUUAGUUUACCCAACCCUUUUCUCUUCGGUGCCACCCCCCGCCAUAAAUAAUGACCGGUCCCUAAAACGACAGACAUGAAUCUGUAACUUUGAUUCCAAGCACCCAUGUAUUUUUCUGUUUAUUAUAUAAACUAAAUUGAAAAACAAUAAAACAUCUGUGGCAAUGCGUCUUACAACAAGUUCUCUGAUUGGUCAAACAUAUUUCCUACGCGCUUUUUGAUUGGCUUGCAAAAAUGAUAUAUUCACACGUAAAAAUAUCGUAUUUUUUACGUGUGUUUAAAUACGAUUUUUCUCAGUGGCCAAAAACUCCAUAUAACACUUUUGUUUAUAAAAUAAAUUAUCAUACAAUAUGUUAUAAAACAGACGUAUGAGCGGAACUGACCUGACUGCCACAUUAAAAACUUUUGCAAGCUCUUAUAUUUUUUAUUUUUUUUUAUUUCUUAUACUAUUUAUAGGCUUAAUCCAGAAACUGGUCUUCAUUACACCAGCAAAUCGAUUUUUAAAGAAUCGGAUUUAAAUUUUCUUGGAAGGCUGAGUUUAGGAGUUUUAGAGACAUUUCACUUGAUUGAUGUGAAGCGGGAUGUCGGUGAGGAUAAGGAGUUCAUAGAAAUAAAUAAUUUGACAUUGAUCAAUUUUGUUCUGAGAUUGGCUGGACCAACCAAUGAGAAGAUACUUACAAUAUAUAUUCUUGUUAUUCAGGUAUUGAAAUUUUUAUUCUUUCUUUUUGAUAUCAAUAAACAUGCAACGCAAAUAUAUCGUGUAUUUUGUCCGGAAGCUAGCACAAAUAUUUCUCUGAUCAAAGUUGUCUCAUCUCACGUGGGGUGGUGGCAGUCUCUGAUAAAAAUCACCCAGCCCGCAAAUUGCAGGCUUCAACACUGAGCUAUAUAUUUCACUGAUAUGUAAUGCUAAUACAUAAUUUCAAUAAGACCCAUGAUGGGCUCCUUGUGUCCAGCCCUUCCCCGUAUCACCGUAUGCACCAAACGUCCCUUGUGAUAGUAACUGCUAUAUGGUAUCUAUUUUUGCAGAAAAUUAAAUGAAUAUAUUUUUCCUAUUUUCAUUUUAGGUUGUAGGAAGUCUGAUUGCCUUUCUGAUUCGCUACCAGAUGGCCAAAUUCUUUUAUGACGUCUAAUUACGGAAGAUAAUUCUGCACUAUCAUCAUUUGAACACUCAUGCAUCAACUCCAAAUAAUACUUCGAAUGCAUGGUAUCAUUUUAUACUAUAAACUCAAAUAACUUUGCCAUCAUAUGUAAGAUUGACUGGCUGGGACACCACAACAGCUAUUGCCAGUCACUGCGGCCCCAAUAUAGUACAGAAACAAUUUACAAAGCACAGUUAUUACACACAAUAAAUAAUACUUGGACAAUAGUCAUUACAAUGACUGAUGAGUCAUUACAAAUGGUUUGACAACGACUUUGAAGUCGAAAUUUUACGUCUUAUUUUUUUAACAGUUUAAGUUACACAUUUACAGCUAAUUCAAUUUUAAAAAACGUAAACCUUAAACUCUGAGCGCGCAAAGGAUGAUGGGUUGUUGCUUAUUUAGGCUCAUAAACUUUGAAAUUUGACUUUGCAAGAAUACCUAAGACAUAUAGAAGACUCACGACAGAAAACAUAUUUGCUGCAAAGGCAAUUCUCUGAGUUUAAGGGCCUAAUGGGUGAAAACCCAUCAUCCCUUGCGUGCUCAGAGUUUAGACUUGGAACCCGUUCCAUGCAGUAUAUGAUCUUUGCGUAAUGCAUCAUUAAUACAUUAUUCAUGCAGGGUGCAGCGCUCUAAUUUGAAGAUGGACGCAUUGAAAAUGGACGAUUUAAUAAGCCAGAUUUCCACUCAUUUCCCCCUACUGAUCACUAUAUAUUGAGUUGUAACCAGACUUUUAAGUUCUUUCAAUUUCAUUUAUUAUGUUAUGCCGAUAUGUUUCUUAGAACAGAUGCAAAAGAUUAUAAUAGUAAAAAUUAAAUUAUCCAUUUUUCUCACCUCACCGCCUUUGCGGCUGAUUGCCAAGAAACUUAACUAAAUAUACAUGAAAAACCCCAAAAAACUCCCAAAACUAUUGAAAUAACGUCUUGUUAGAAUUUGAAUGUCCUAGCACUAAGCUGAACGCAAAGAUGCGCAAAAUACUAAAAUAAUGCAGGGUGUCCCAGAAAACGCAAAAACUAUUGAAAUAACAUAUUGUUAGAAUUUGAAUGCCUCAGCACUCUGCUAAACGCACAAUUGCAUAAAAACUUGACAAAAGUAAAUUUUAUGCAUAAAAUCGCAUUCGCAGAGCAGAAAAUCGUGCGCUUUCCAAGAGCAGAAAAUCGUGCGCUUUCCAAGAGCAGAAAAUCGUGCGCUUUACAAAGAUAUUUUAAUUUCUUAAUAAGUCAAUAUUUAUAAUUUUGCACAUCUUUGCAUUCAGCUUAGUGCUAGGGCAUUCAAAUUCUAACAAUACGUUAUUUCAAUAGUUGUGGGAUUUUUUGGGUUACCCUGUAACCUGUAUUGACAGGGUGCAUAUAUUAUAAAUUUUGACUUAUUAAGAAAUUAAAAUAUCUUUGUAAGGCGCACGAUUUUCUGCUCUUGUGAAUUUAAAGCAGCUUCUUAAACAGUUUCUUUAUGCAUAAAAUUUACUUAUGUCAAGCUUUUAUGCACUUGUGGAUUCAGCAGAGUGCUGAGGCAUUCAAAUUCUAACAAUACGUUAUUUCAAUAGUUUUGGUUUUGGGGGGAAUAUGUUAAUAAAUGGACUGUGAGAAUAUGUUAAUAAGGUAAACGUUUGUUCCCACUAUCGAGGCUAUACUCAAACGCGUCCAACCACAAGAUCAUCGGAAAGUAUAUUGCAGUUUGGUCCGACCAGAUCUCGACUAAACUGUAUGAACAACUACUGUAAUAGCGACAUGAAAAAACAUCUAUCUAAUUAUUGCAACGGAGAGAUGUUGUUUCCCUUAGCUUAGUUGUAAAUUCCGUAACAAUACGUUAUUCAAUAGUUUUGCUUUUUUGGGGGACACCCUGUAAAUUUUUUUUUAAUUAAUCAUGUGUUUGAAAAUUGCUUUUGUGCAUUGAACUGAGAAGGAAUGUUAAAUCAUGUGCUAUUAUUAUGCAGAUCAGUGCUUCUUGGAUAUCAACCCUAAAGGCCCAAAUCUACGCCGAAGUUAAUUCAAGUUAUUUUUUGCUCUAUAUAUUUGCAUGUUGGCCGUGUAGCAUUACUCAACAGUCUUUGUCUUCAGCUUAACAUAAAAUGAGCUCGUAUACGCGUAAAAAAGUGCUUUGUUAAAGGUAUGUGUAUACGUUUUAUAUAGUAAUAUGCUGUUCAAUUAAUUACACAGAAUAUGGU